CGUUCAGUCCCUCGAGAGAGCGGUGCGCGGCUGGCCAUCCUGACCAAGGCGCUGGGGCUCGGGCGGGCGGACGGACGGACGCAGUGAGCAGACAGACGCCCAGCGGCCGCCAGCCCCACGCAGUUCCAGCCAGGCUUGCACCCCGAGGCCGGCAGCAGCCUGUGCCCGGCGAAAUCUCCCGCGCUCUGCCCGCUCCGGCUCCCGUGCCAGCGCCCGGGGGCCGCCUCCUGCCAAGUGACUGCUGCCUCGCCGCCUCCGAACGGCCCGGGACCAUGAAGCUGCUGCCGUCAGUGGUGCUGAAGCUCUUUUUAGCUGCAGUGGUCUCGGCAUUGGUGACUGGCGAAAGCCUGGAGCGGCUUCGGAGAGGGCUGGCGGCCGAAACCAGCAACCUGGACUCUCCCACCGAAUCUCCGGACCAGCUGCUGCCCCCAGGAGGCGGCGGGGGCCGGGAAGUCCUGGGCUUGCAAGAGGCAGACCUGGACCUUUUCAGAGCUGCUUUCUCCUCUAAGCCACAAUCUCUGGCCACACCGAGCAAGGAGGAUCGUGGGAAAAGAAAGAAGAAAGGCAAGGGGCUAGGGAAGAAGAGAGACCCAUGUCUUCGGAAAUACAAAGACUUCUGUAUCCAUGGAGAAUGCAAAUACGUAAAGGACCUCCGUGCUCCCUCCUGUGUCUGCCACCCGGGUUACCACGGAGAGAGAUGCCAUGGGCUGAGCCUCCCGGUGGAAAAUCGCUUAUAUACUUACGACCACACAACCAUCCUGGCUGUGGUGGCGGUGGUGCUGUCGUCUGUCUGUCUGCUUGUCAUCGUGGGACUUCUCAUGUUUAGGUACCACAGGAGAGGAGGUUAUGAUGUGGAAAAUGAGGAGAAAGUGAAGUUGGGCAUGACCACUUCCCACUGAGAGAGACCUGUGCUCAAGGAAUUGGCUGGGGAUGCUACCUCUGAGAAGACACAGGCUGAUCGCGGACUCUGCAGAGGCGAAGGACUUCACAACUAGCUAUGAAGACACCUUUGUCCCCAGUUGCUAUCUAGAUUGGACCUCCCAUAAUUGCUUUGCCAAAAUACCAGAGCCUUCAAGUGCCAAACAGAGUAUGUCCAACAGGAUCUGGGGCAGAAGAAAGCAAACGUGAAGAACCUUCGUGCCCUUCUGAUUCCCCUCCACCCAACCCUACUGCCCCCCAUGAGUUUGUUCAAACACUUAUCUUCUGGAUUAAGAUGCCAGUUAAAUUCUAUAUGCUCCAGGAUCUUGGACCUGAAAAAAAAAGAAGGAGAGGAAGAAUGAAACGUUUGUAGAUGGGAAAAAAGUAACAAAGAUUGAGAAGCCAUGUACUCGAGAAGCCACCGAGGGCCCUGCCAUUUGGACCCUGUGGAGCUGGAUUUCAUGAGCUAACUGUGAAACACCCUAAGCCUGAGAACUUUGAAUUCUGGGACUUCUACCCAGAUGGAAAAAUAACAACUAUUUUUUUUGUUGUUGUUUGUAAAAUGCCUCUUAAAUUAUAUAUUUAUUUUAUUCUA